GGGGUACGUGCCUGCGUGGGCAGGAGAGUCGCGGAACUUGAGAUGUACUUCGCUCUGUCCCGGUUGAUUCAGCACUACGAGGUACGGCCGAAUAGCUCUGCUGCUCCCUCCCUUGGAGGCCAAGGCGCGGACGCGGACGCUCCUGGUCCCUGCGGCCCCCAUCGACCUGUGCUUCUUCCCCCGAAGCUGAGACGGAGCCCGGAGCAAGCGGGAGGGGAUUCGUGGAGAAAAAAAAAAAUGUGAUGAGAAAAGAACGGCAGCUCUGAUGGCUCCUGGUCCCACACUGAGUCCUCUGUGUUGGAGAGGCGCAGUUGGAAUUGUCUAAUAUGUUUCCUUGCUGGAAUAUAGCUUCAAUUAUAAUCUUUCGAAAAAAGGAAUAUCCUACCAGUGAUGGUAACGAUGCCACCAUUAUCAUCAUCAUUAUCAUCGUUAUCAUCACCGUAACAGAAAUACUAUGUAAGCAUUUACAUAUUAUGAGUAUGCAGGAUUUGCAACAGUCCUAUAGCAAUUGCAAGUCUGUUUCAUUUCUUGUCUAGUCCAUUUCCUAUUUUCUGCAGACAGCAGUGGAAUGAUACUAUUGACAUAAAGAUGUCGCUCUAUUAAGAAUGCUUUGUUAGUCAAAUUAGCCAGCAAUGAAUGGAAUAACAUUGGCAAAUGCCAGAAAGAGGACUGUGUGUGUAAACAGUGUGCAACGCCAGAGCCUGAGGCAGGCGUUUGGACAGACAUGGCUAUGCAGAUGGAAAACCACCUCAUUUGCAUGUAUUAAUUAUGCUUUUAAAAAAAAUCCCUUUUCCAAAUGCUCAUCAACUGCAUCUCCCUGUUUACACCAUUUGUUUUUGUGCCCUUCAGCUUAACAAUUUAAGCAGCUAAAAUGUUUUGAAAUUCAAAAUAUCAGGCAAACAUUCAGUCGAAAGGUACCUUGGCAUGUUUAUGCAAGCUGAGGACAAAAUGAGAAACACACUCUUUCCUGAGACUGCUGUGUGAGCUCCAAUAAGAUGCCAAAUAUUCUUUGGCACCCACCCAUCAAAUCAAUGACUUGAAUGAAAAGAGGAUUACAACUUCACAUUAAAAGCUAUUGUUAAACAAAUAUGAGCUGGGAUUUACACGUAUUCAGCCUGUUUCGGCUUCUCAUUCAUAGAGCAGCGGUUCCCAACCCUGAUCUACCAUAAUUUAAACCCUAAUUUGGCACACCUGAUUCAGCUAAUUAGUAGCUCAAUGAAAUCUCUAGCUGUUAAAUGAGGUGUGCUUAGUUAGGGAUGGAGUGAAAACCUACAGGAUGGCAGAUCUCCAGGAACAGGGUUGGGCAGCCCUGCUCUUGCUAUUGAAUGAGACAGUUCCGGCACAGAACCCUUGGAAGAAGAGCACAUCUCGGACGCGGCGCUAGUUUGGAUUGCCCCACUUCCCCCAGAACUGCGGAUUGGUACAUUCCACCCCUUGUGAGUUUCCCUGAACCCCCCACCACCCUCGCCGUCGCCGUCGCCAUCGCCAUCGCCAUGACGUCCACGCUGCAGACCCUGGCCUUGGAGCUCGCCCCUGCUCCGCGGGACGGGAGCCCGGAGCGCCUCUACACCUGCGAGGAUGAGAUCGAGCGUCGCUACGAGAUCGUCCCAUCCGUGGUCUGCUCCAUGUGCUGCCUCUUCGGCAUCAUCUACUGCUUCUUUGGCUACCGCUGCUUCAAGGCGGUGAUGUUCCUGACGGGCCUGAUGUUCGGCUCCAUCAUCAUCUUCAUGCUGUGCUACAAGGAGCGCGUGAUGGAGACGCAGCUGAGCGUGGAGGCCAGCGCGGGCAUCGGCCUGGGCAUCGGUGUGCUGUGCGGCCUGGUCACCAUGCUGGUGCGCAGCGUGGGCCUCUUCAUGGUGGGCCUGCUGCUGGGCCUGCUGGUGGCGGUGGCGGCGCUGGUGGCGAUGGAGGAGUUCUACCACCCGCGCACGGUGUGGAUACCGCUGGGCGCGCUGCUGGGCUCGGGCAUGCUGUUCGCCGUGCUGACGCUGCAGUGGCAGCGCUGCUUCACCACGCUCUCCACCGCCGUCUUCGGCUCCGCCGUCAUCACCGUCACCGUCGACUACUUCGUGGAGCUGUGCGCGCUGCUGCGCUACGUGUACGAGCGCGUCAAGGCCGGGCCCCGCCAGCCCGUGUGCUGGUUCAGCUGGGUCAUCCUGGGCGUCUGGCCCGUCCUCACACUGCUGGGGGUGCUGAUCCAGUGGAAGGUCACCGGCGAGGGGUACUCCCACACCGAGGUGAUUAUCAGCCGGCAGCAGAGGAGGGUGCAGCUGAUGCGCAUCCGUCAGAAGGAGGAGAGGAGGGAGAACAAGAAGAAGAAGAAGAAGCAGCAGCAGAACUACCACCCCCACCACACGCACCCCCCCAAGCCCCUCCAGCCCGAGCCCGGGUACCGCCGAAAACCCAACCCCAUCCGCCGCUACGACGGGGACGUGCUCUCUCCGAGUUACAUCCAGAGUUUUCGGGACAGGCAGGUGGACCGGCGGGGCUACCCCCAGGGUCGCCUGGUCAGCGGGACGCACACCAUCGUGGACCUGGACUACGACUGCGGCUCCACCGUGCCCCUCACGGCCUCCGCCGGCCCUGCCGUGCGUGUGUGAGACCGCCCUCUGCUGGCCUGGGGGUGGUGUUGCAGCCGGCGGAACUGCUCCCCUUCCCAGGCCUCCCUCUCUGAUUGGACGCAGUGUUACCGUAUCCCAGGGAGAUUCUGUGAUGCGCCCACAUUCCGUCUCUCUCUGUCUAACUCUCACAUUCCAGUGACACAGGACUCUAUUGGUCUGCGUGGCAGGGGCCACACCGUGUGUCCAAUACCCUCGCCCCUUUCCAGAUGCUCUACAGCUGUAGAGUAUUGCAGGUAUAGCAGCUACCCAGAAUGGUGCAGCUACAGUAAGGACAUCUUACGUUAGCCCUCAGACGAGCUGUUUGUUUACCCAUUUCGGUACGUCCUUUCAUGAAGUACUGAAGUAUUCCUUUCAUCAAACCGUGUGUGACUGCACCACAGAGUUAUUUUGUAGUUUAUUUAUGAUUAAUUUAUUCUCCAGCUGAAAUUUCCUACUGAGUUUUUUAGUCCCUCGUAAGGCCUCAGUAUAACUUCUAAAAAUCACAGCAUUUAAGAAUCAUUACAGAGAUUGAAGAAGAAAAAAAAACAGAUUGGGAAAUGCCUAAUCAGGAUUUGUAUGCAAAAAAAAAAAUGCAAAUAACCCCUUCCCGAUUCGUACCUCCUCCCACUUUCACGGCCAUAUAAAAGAUUUGUUUAAUCAAAUUCAAAUGCAGACUGCAAAGUGGAGGAAUAAAGUGUAUGCAUUAUUUUCAUUGGGUAAACUCCCUUUUAAUUCAUGAAUAUGUAAUAAGUUUGCACCUUUUGCCUGAGAGUACUUGUAUGGUGCAGAUGUGAAUUGCAGUCAUAGUUUUGACAUGUGGAGGAUAGAUUUGAAGAUUGGGGAGGGGCUCUGUGAUUUCCCCCCCCUCUACCUUCAUGAAGUGGACUCUACCAGUCUGAACCUUGUGUCCAGACUAGACUAGGACCAAACCACUGGGGGAAAAAAAGGGUGAAUUUUGCAAAUCCCUGUUUGACGCUAAAAUGCAGCAGGAGUUUGCCUCAGGAAUUGUACGUCCAAUAUUCAAAAACCCCUUUGGGCUGUCUUUUUUUUUUCCUCCAUCAGAAAAGUGGGUGGUGUUUUUUUUAAAUGUGAAUUUAAACGAGAAUGGAGCGAGCGAUUAUUGUUGAUGGAAAGGAAGAGAAAAAAGUGGACACUCCUCCGACAGUUGGGGACAGUUAUGGGUGGUAUGGUAAGAGAGCACUCCUUCCCUUCGAUGCCAUGGAGACUGGCGAACGAGGACGGAACUUUCCGGCUGUUUGAUCGGGGAAACAGCUGUUGAGUGGGGAGCGAUACUGACGUGUUCAAGGGUGUAUAUAUGAAGACUGUUGAAGGUACGGGACAGUGUGUGUGUGGGCGCAGGGGGGGGAGUGACACACUGCACUGCAGAGACUAUGGGAGGGGGCUGAAGACCCCCACCUUCGCCCCACAGACUGAAAGUGACCUGAAAAACCCCUUCUGAGAUCCGUGCCAGGGGGGGUUCCCCUCUUUUUGGGCCCCUCCAGUGGAAAAAACUGCAUGACUCUGUGUGUUACCAGUGUCUCCUUUCCUCAUUUCUAAGUGGUAUAAUUCUGGGGGGGUGGGGUUGAGGGGGGUGGGGGGUUGGGGGGUGUUUAAAUGGCUACAGCUGUGUUUUCAUGCCACUGUCAGUCAGUUCUGAGAUGGCCCCACGUUGCCCUCCUCUAUGUUUUGUAAAAGCUCUGAAUUUUGUUGUACAUACAAACUGGACUGUAUUUCUUGCGACUGUUGUUUUGCUGUCCAUUUUAAGUUGGUUCCUUCGCCUUUAAUUUAUAUGAUAUUUGAAAUAUGUUUUUUUUUGUGUCCCUCUUAAAUUGACAUGUUUGUUUUUUUUAUUUAUUUCUUAAUUUAUUGAAGUGACUGCUUAUUAUGCAUAUGCACCUUCCACCUGUGGGCUGUCAGGUGUUGAAGCUUCUGAAUUGGAAUUCCGUGUGUUGGGGCGUGGCUCCAACUGACACUGAUGAAAGUACCACAUGUUACUGACAGCCCUGAAAAUCUGAAUUAUUAUUAUUAUUAUUAUUAUUAUUAUUAUUAAGCAUGUCUUUACAUGGGCCUGGAUAUAGUAAACUGUGAUUCUAAA